AUGGUUUAUGAUGGCAAACCGUCGCGGGCGUGUCUGCCAUGUAGGAGGAGGAAACUUCGAUGCGAUCUCAAAAGGGAUUCCUGUGGCCAGUGUAUCCGAGCAGGAUUGGAUUGCACUGGAUAUCGGAACCCGCAUGAUUUGCGCAUCCAAAACGAAACAAAGUUGGUCAAGCGAAAAGUGCUUGAAGCCAAAAACGUGACCGUGUCACGGUUCGGAGAGCCAUCACUCCAACAGAAAUCUCGGGGGGCUUUUCUCUCCCAUUAUGUUCAUGGCAUCUCUGGAAGCUAUGAUGUUAUUGCACUCUUCGACAAUGCGUCUCUUGAUACCCACUUAGACGCGAGUAUCAAUGCAGCAAGCCUGGCAUUCUUCCACUUCCAAUAUUUCUCUCCCAGAGCAUCUGACCUCGCCAGGAAAGGAUACUACACAGCGCUCAAACUCGUCAAUGUGGCCUUGCAGAACCCGAAUUCGCUGGCCAGUGACUCAACACUUCUAGCCGUGCUCCUGCUGGAUCUCUUCGAAAAAUUCACGAACAGCAAUUCAAGAUCGUCAGUAGCAUGGAUGAGCCACGUGAACGGAGCCCUGGCUCUUAUUAAACUUCGAGAUUCUAUUCAGUUUCAGACAUACAUUGGACGUCGCCUCUCAUUUCGGCUUGCAACUAGCUUGCUGAUUAGCUGUGUCGCAGGCAGUGCGCCAGUGCCUCCUGCGCUCAGGAGUCUUCGUGCGGAACUCGAAAACUAUGUGAACGUCGAGGAUCCCAAAUGGAAGCUCACUGACCUAAGUAUUAAGUCUGCAGAUCUGAAGGCUGCCAUUCAUCAAGGGUUGCUCUCAAAUGAGGAGAAGAUUCUGCAGUCCAAACAACUGGACAGUGAGUUUUCAUCAUUAUCGGCCAACAUGCCAGCAACCUGGCUUAGUCAAAGAAAGUACUUGGAGAGGCCAUCUCAGAGAGUAUUUGGCCAGUUCUACGACCUCUAUCCGAGCUACUUCGUCACACAAACCCGCAAUGUCAUUCGCCUGACAAGGAUAGUGCUUAACCAUGAAAUCCGAACACUGUACAAGGCACAGCCCUUGGACAUCGAUACCACGACCGAGGCCAUACAACUGACCUUCAUCGACCGUAUCAUAGAUGAUAUCGCGCGGGAGAUCUGCGCCUCAGGGCCACAAUUUACCGGCGCUGGCGAGUCAUUGACUCCCAACAAAAAGGCUACUGAUUCGGUUCAGAAAUUCUUCUGUCACACACUCCUGUUCCCCUUCUAUGUCGCAGGCUUGUACGCAAGUCCUGGCAGCAUGAUCAGGCCUUGGGUGUUGAACCAACUGCGGUACAUAGCCAAGGAGUUCGAAGUUCGGCAUGCAGCCACAGUCGCUGAUAUUCUUGAUAGCGAAGAGCCAAAAGAUCCUUGGAGCGUCUACGCUAUCUUGGGAAGUUAUGCCUUUGCUUCUUAA